AUGAUUGGUCCAAAAUAAAUAUUUUAGAUUCCAAUUUCAGAAUAUAAGAAUCAAUCCAAUGAAGAUCUAGAGUGUUUAGAUGAUUACUAUUCUGAAUCAUUACGAAAAGAUGAAUUAUCUACCACCUAAUUCAUUUAUCAUAAAUCUACUCAUAAAAUAAACUCAAAGAAAAGAGUGAGAUUCAAUUUAGACAUCGUCCUAUGCAAAUUUAGUUAUGAUGAACCAGCCCUUACAAUAUCGAAAUAAACAAAGAAACUCAUUGCAUCCAGGCCUAACUUAAAAUGGGUAAACCCAACCUUUUUUAACUUGAAAAAAUAAUGA